AGAAAUAUAUAAACACCUCUACCCUUGGCUUCUUUUUAGAUCUGUAAUUCUAAUUUCCCAUGCAGGACCAGGGCAAUAAUGGGUGGAAGGCCGUUCCUCAAUUCGGAGAGUGGGAAUCGAAAGGGGGCGCUAGUCCAAGCCGUUCUACGUACACAACCAUCUUCUCGGAAGCUCGGGCCAAGAGGAAGAUGAUGAAGGGUGAUCUCAGGCACAAUUCCAGCUUGGGAGACUUGGGAGACGAGUCCAUUGACCUCACCCCUACACCUCGUCUACAUGAACACCAUCGUCACCCUACCGAUGAGUCCGUGGUGAGUAGUAGUCUCUUCACGUCUUCUGCAUACCCAUAGCCUUACCACAUUUCUAUUGUGUUCUAUAGCAUCAUGCAUGUUUCCUGGAUGGAUCCCCCUUGGCCAAUCUGUACUAGAGCCCUGAUACGAUGAGCUCCAUGUUCUAUAUCUUAGGGAUCCAUAUGAAUCAUCUCAUAUAUAUCGUCGAUCUAUAGGAGACGAUCUAUAGGAGACGAUCUAUAGGUUCAGAAGAGGAGGACUAUAUUGACCUACAUUAAUUGUUGUAUAAGGCCAUGAAAAUGGUAGAUUCCAGGACAAGCAAUCAGAAUCAACCGAACUAAUGCGGGUCUCUCCGGAUUGGCAGAUUUCCAGACCAGAUUCUUCCUUGUAUAUACAAUGUAAGGUCCUCGUGUAAUAUAAAUCUUACUUCUAUAGUAAUUUGUCUUCUCCUUGUUG